AUGGCCUUCAUUGAACAGGAGGCCAAUGAGAAAGCAGAAGAAAUUGAUGCAAAGGUAAUACACUCUCUCUCCCAUCUAGCUGGCAAGUUUGGUAAAGGUACUGUACAAAAUAUUAACAAAUGUGUUUCUGCUCCUACAGGCAGAAGAGGAGUUCAACAUUGAGAAGGGCCGUCUGGUGCAGACCCAAAGGCUGAAGAUCAUGGAGUACUAUGAGAAAAAAGAAAAGCAGAUCGACCAGCAGAAGAAAAUGUUAGUUUUUCUUCCCCUUUAGCCCAGCAGUUGGAGUGAAUUCUUCUCAGCUGAAUAGGAAAUACUCUUCAUAAUGAUGUGAACUUUUCUGGAGGCAGAUCCCAAUUUAAACGGAUAGUGCGACAUUUUGACAAUUACUACUUCUUCUUACCCAGAGUCAGAUGAACUAAUUGUCUCUGCGUGCAGUUUGAAGUUGUUAGCGCUAUGACUGGAAGUCUACAGGAACAGCUAGUAUGCUAGCUACAAAAUGACAGUGACAUCACUAUUCUUCCCUUUUGCACCAUAAUUUGUUCUCUCCAUGUUGUCCUGUCCAAACCAUGUGUUGUGCCUCCCAUUGAUAAGAGUGCUUGACUGCCAGCCUGCCACUUAAUAUUUGGCUUCUCCACACAGUCAGAUGUCCAACCUGAUGAACCAGGCUAGACUGAAGGUGCUGAAGGCUCGUGAUGACAUGAUCUCGGUUAGUGGUGGCUUUCCUCCAAUAAUCUGACCACAUGAAAUGUUUUGGCUGUCAACAACUUUUUAGAUAUCUUGUUGCUAUCUGACUCUUUUUCUUUCUGUAUGUCAGGAUCUGCUAACUGAGGCUCGUCAGAGGCUGGCCAACAUUGCUAAGGACCCAGCGAGGUACCCUGCCUUGUUGGAGGGGCUAGUUCUGCAGGUAGUUUUCCGGUGCUUUCAGGAGUAAUCCGACUCAUGAGCUCUGUUGUAGUCUGACAGAAGUUUGCCGUGCCGCUUAUACUCACUGUCAUGCAACAAACCAUGGCUACUAGAUGUGGUCUAAUUAUGUCCGCGCUUCAAUUUCAGGGAUUCUACCAACUGCUGGAACCCAAAGUGAAAAUUCGCUGCCGGCAGCAGGACAUUGCCAUGGUGCAGGUCAGUGUUAUGUUGGUAGGGAUACCUUGUUGAGUCACUUCUAUUUUUUGACUUCUGUUCACAUUGUCUGUGCGUCAUGACUGAUUUCAGCUUGUAUUAUGACUUGUAUAGGCCUACUUGUGUUUGAGAAAAUGUGGAUUUUGAUAAUUCAUUCACAAUUUUGUUGUGUUUUCACCGUACAGGCUGCUGUACAGAAAAACAUCCCCAUCUAUAAAGAUGCUGUGAAGAGCAACAUUGAGGUCGGCAUUGACAAAGACCGGCACCUUUCACCAGACAUGUAAGAGAUUCCUUUUCAUUUCACAUUAAUUGUGACUAAACCAAGAGCACAUCAAUGACUAAGAGGUACAAUAACAACCCAACAAACAGGACGCUAAAAGGGGCGGCAGGUAGCCUAGCAGUUAAGAGCAUUGGGCCAGUAACCAAAAGAUUGCUGGUUAGAAUCCCCGAGUGGCAAGGUGGAAAAUCUGCCCUUGAGCAAGGCAGUUAACCCUCAACAACAACUGCUCCCCAGGCGCAGAUGACAUGGAUGUUGAUUAAGGCAGCCCCCUGCACCUCUUGUUUCAGAGGUGUUGGGUUAAAUGAGGAAGACACAUUUCAGUUGAAUGCAUUGUUAUUGCCACUGCGAUAUGCAACUUUUCAGAGAAGUCAGGAACCAAUGUACACAAUCAGUUAGGAAAGCAAAGGCUAACUUUUUCAAACAGAAAUUCGCGUCCUGUAGCACUAACUCCAAAAAGUAUUGGGACACUGUAAAGUCCAUGGAGAAUAAGAGCACCUCCUCUCAGCUGCCCACUGCACUGAUGCUAGGAAACACUGUCACUACCGAUAAAUCUACGAUAAUAAAACAUUUCAACAAGCAUUUUGCUACGGCUGGCCAUGCUUUCCACCUGGCUACCACUAUCCCGGUCACCAGCUCUGCACCCUCCGCUGCAACUUACCCAUGCCCCCCCCCCGCUUCUCCUUCACCCAAAUUCAUAUAGCUGAUGUUCUGAAAGAGCUGCAAAAUCUGGACCCCUACAAAUCAGCUGGGCUAGACAAUCUGGACCCUUUCUUUCGAAAAUUAGCCGCCGAAAUUGUCGCAACCCCUAUUACCAGCCUGUUCAACCUUUCUUUCAUAUCGUCUGAGAUCCCCAGAGAUUGGAAAGCUGCCGCGGUCAUCCCCCUCUUCAAAGGGGGUGACACUCUAGAUCCAAACUGUUACAGACCUAUAUCCAUCCUGCCCUGCCUUUCGAAAGUAUUUGAAAGCCAAGUUAACAAACAGUUCACCGACCAUUUCAAAUCCCACCGCAACUACAAAUAGCUAGGUGUCUGGUUAGACCGUAAACUCUCCUUCUAGACUCACAUUGAGCAUCUCCAAUCCAAAGUUAAAUCUAGAAUCGGCUUCCUAUUUUGCAACAAAGCCUUCACUCAUGCUGCCAAACAUGCCCUCGUAAAACUGACUAUCCUACCGAUCCUUGACUUCGGCGAUGUCAUUUACAAAAUAGCCUCCAACACUCUACUCAGCAAAUUGGAUGUAGUCUAUCACAGUGCCAUCCGUUUUGUCUCCAAAGCCCCAUACACUACCCACCACUGUGAUCUGUAUGCUCUUGUUGGCUGGCCCUCACUACAUAUUAGUCGCCAAACCCACUGGCCCCAGGUCAUCUAUAAAUCACUGCUAGGCAAAUUGGUCACCAUAGCAACACCCACCCCUAGUCUGCGCUCCAUUAGGUAUAUCUCACUGGUCAUCCCCAAAGCCAAAACCUCCUUUGGCCGCCAUUCCUUCCAGUUCUCUGCUGCCAAUGACUGGAACGAACUGCAUAAAUCUGUGAAGCUGGAGACACUUAUCUCCCUCACUAACUUUAAGCAUCAGUUGUCAGAGCACCUUACCGAUCACUGCACCUGUACACAGCCCAUCUGUAAUUAGCCCUCCCAACUACCUCAUCCCCAUAUUGUUAUUUACAUUAUUUAUUUUGCUCAUUUGCACCCCAGCAUCUCUAUUUGCACAUCAUCUUCUGCACAUCUAUCACUCCAGUGUUAAUACUAAAUUGUAAUUAUUUUGCACUAUGGCCUAUUUAUUGCCUUACCUCCAUAACUUACUACAUUUGCACACACUGUAUAUAGAUUUUCUAUUGUGUUAUUGACUGUACGUUUAGUUUAUUCCAUAUGUAACUCUGUUGUUUUUAUCACACUGCUUUGCUUUAUAUUGGCCAGGUCACAGUUGUAAAUGGGAACUUGUUCUCAACUGGCUUACCUGGUUAAAUAAAGGUGAAAUAACAAAAACUGACUAGGUAUCCCCUUUCCCUAAAAUAGAGUGCAUGUAUUUGUAUUUGGCACAUUAGCAAUGCAAAGGAAUGGGGGAGAUUACAACUACUUUAAUGUUAAAAUGGGAUUACAUCUAAUGUGCUUGAACGUUAACUUUAUCACACUGUGCAAGUGAAGUCUAUCCGUGUGAUUGAUUGAGUAAAGAGGACAUAAGCAAGCUAUAGUGGUCCUUCAGCGAGUGACUGUGACCUAUAUGUUUCUGGUGUCCACAGCUCUGGAGGUAUUGAGAUGUACAACGCUAAUGGGAAGAUCAAGGUAGCCAACACCCUGGAGAGCAGGCUAGACCUCAUGGCCCAGCAGGUACAGUAUUGACAUAUUAGGCAGAGGAGGAGAGGUUAGGAAUCACCAAUAGAAAUACCCCAAACACUAACCCAAGUAUGUCACAUAUACAACUCCAACAGGAUGAGGUUGAUUUGAAAUGAAGUGAUGCGGUACAUUUAUAAUCCAUCUGAUCUUAUCUACCUUAAUAUCCUUUGUGAGCUCUGUUGAUGACUACUCUGUAUCCAGAGUAGUACCUGGAGAGCUGAGGUAUUCACUCUGUCGUCUCUGUUUCCUCUCUGACAGAUGAUGCCUGAGGUCAGAACGGCUCUGUUCGGUGCCAACCCGAACCGUAAGUUUUUGGACUAA